CAGACGUCCACGAGUUUCGGGUUCACACACUGUACCAUCCCCAUGAUGCUUUGGCAGCUUUGAAAACGCACGCCAGAAAAGCCAGCUCUCCAGCGCUAACAUCGACAGAUGGUAAUGACAGCCAGGCGCUUUACACGGAUGUACCGCAUGUGACGAUUACCUUUAAUUAGGCGGUGGAGAGUCAUGGCUGUGUCCGUGAACCCCUGCCUGCUCCAGAUGAGAUGCCGCCUUUCCCAGACAGCAUCCCUGCAGCGGCCCCUCUGCCAUAGGACGUCAGGAGCCCGUUUAAGUCAGCUGGAGCAGAAAUUGUCCUGGCUGCACUGGAGCAGCUGACAGCAUGCACAGAUUUGGCCAGCGAUGUCAGGCACCCUCACUCUCCCAUUCGCCUUGAUGGUGGCGAAACGGGGGACCUCAAGCGUCUGCGCCACUCUCUCUAUGGCAGCUGUAAUACUGGCCCAACAGAUACAGUCGAGCCAGCGCAAGUUUCAGAGCAUCAUUAGAUGAAGGCGCCAGCACUGGCAAGACAGAAGAAGAUACAGCUGCACCAGUGACAUCCACUGGGAGCGCGCCGGAGGGCUAGCCAGGGGAGAGACCUGGAUCUAGAAAUAAUCAGGGGCGCUGGAGGGGACCCCAUUGGCUUUGGCGCCGACCAACACCUUCAAGGACACGCGCAUGAUGGCAGGGGGUAUGAACAACAGCGCCAAGCUCAGCGCGUAUUUGAUGGCUGGGUGUCUCUUGCCGCGCAUGGUGUAUGCAAAGUUACAGAAAGCGAGGCACCUAAUGGCAGAGACAGCCGUCCUGGCUCAUCAUGCAUCUGACCAACAGGCUGAAGGUGAGCAAGAAUGGGUUUGCGGGCCAAGCGUUGGGCGAGUCGUGCGCCGGCCGCUGCGAGGCGCCGCCGGGCGCCAUCGCAGAUGCAGUCAACGCCCUCAUGGAUGCGCUCCACUUUCCAGCCGCCGCCACCAUCAACUCCCAGGCAAUGGGGCACAAACUGGCAGGUUGGAGCUGCGCGGUUUGAGACAUUCUGGUGGACCAUCACUGGGCGGUGAACACAGUAAACUGGGCAAACUUUGCUGGGGUGGGAAACGAUCCCCGUGACCGUAUCUCACCCCACUGUCAGGGAAUGACCUACAAUUCAGAAGCGCAGCACACCAAGAACUGGGUGCCUAAGCAUCAUUAGUCUUCCAGGGGAUUUUGCGCACAGGCUCUGGGAAUUGAAAAAGGGUGCUGCAGAGGCGUGUGGCUUUGCCCUAUGCGGGGACUAUGUGCCUUCCUUGCUGAUGCGUCAACACAGAUUGCGGCAUGCCUUCAUGAGCUUCAGCUGCAUAAUGUACUACAAUGUUAGAAAGGCUAGUUCCAGUUUUUGUGUCCUUUGCCAGAAAGUGCAGAUCCUCAAAUCAUUGAUAUCUCCUUUAGCAAGGUCCUAACGUCUCUUAUGAACACCCAGACAUCCUUGGAGUUCCAUGCAUGCGCACACAGUUUGCAAGAUAACGACAGCCAGUACUGUCACUAGUGUCACUACGGUAGCACGGUGUGCUAUGCACAUUAGUGUACAUGUACAGGCAAUUCAACUUAUCACUUGCUUGCCAUGUUUCAGGGAAAUAUUGGGCUUACGACGGAUACAGGACAUUUUGAUGUGAUUUAGCGCAUCUGCUACUGCGACAUACAGGAUUGGGGGUUAUGCUUCUUAAAUCCUCCUCUUGCCAAACCAAUGAGGGUGGGAUCCACGUGGACGAUGUGCACAAUGUUUAUCAAGAUGUUUCCUGAGAUAGUACUUCAUAGCUGCGGUGCCCAGAUAUAAGGUAGCAUUGCUUCACUUGAAAUUUUCUUUGUAAGACUUGAAGCCUGCGACUGCAGCCUCUUCGUCUUCAUUGGAUGGUGUUGCCAAUGCUGCUUCCCAUGCGGCAU